GUCUCAGUCAGAGCUGUAGAUGCAGACUGCACCCCAGCCUGUCUUGCAGAUGAAAUGUGUGUAUCUGUGAAUUCCAGUACAGCUUGUGCAGCUAAUACAACCUACUAUGAAAACCUAGGCGUCAGUGUGUAUAAUGUGAGCUCUAUAUUAGAUUGUAAGGGAGCAAACAUGACUGUGUCAGUGCCAAAGAACUUGCUGGAGUUCCUACACUAUAACCCAUCUGCCUUAACUCUGUCACAGUACAACUGCACAGGAGCAGUGCUGAACAUACUGCAAGGCCGGCAUAUAUAUUCAUUGACUGUAAAAACCCAGGAGGGCACCUGUGGGAACAAACUUACAAAAAAUUUGACCCAUGUCACUUUCGGAAAUAGCAUUAAUAUUCCUGGACAGAGCACAAAUGGAGUUAUCCAAAAUGGAAAUAUUAGUAUUCAGUUCUCCUGCACCUACAAUAUUAGCAUGCAGACUUCCCUCUACACAGUGAUUAAACCAGUCAUGACAACACAGAAUCUGGACACAGGUGGCACUGGAGGUGACGGCACCACUACACUUGCAGCCUAUGUGAACCCUUCAUACACUGAGCCCUUGCAAGAGUCACAGCAGCAACAAUUACCAGUUGGAUCUACUCUCUAUUUUGGGAUGAGCACAAAGUUCCCUGACCCUGCUUUUGUUCUUAGGGUAACACAAUGCUUUGCUACUCCUACUAGUGAUGGCACUGGUUCAAUAAAAGUACAGCUUAUUCAAGGCGGUUGUUCAGUGAAUGGUGAUGGACCAUAUAUCCAAGUGGUUGAAAAUGGAGUAUCUAAGGAGGUCAGAUUCAGUCUUACAUCAUUUUCCUUCCAAGGCUUUGAUAGUGUCUACAUAUUUUGCGAUGCUAAACUAUGUAACAAGGCAUCAGGCAGCUGUUCAACAUGUUCUUCAUCUCGUGAUGUUUCCGAGGCAACAGUGCUAUUUGGUCUUGGACCUUUUACAUUCCUAGAUAACAUAGACUAUUCUUCCAGCAGUCAAAAAGGUUUGUCCAUUACUUUGCUGCUGGGUAGUCUUCUGUGCCUUUGGAUGCACCUUACAUCUGAGGUCAUAUGAUCCUGAAAUAUGUUACUUAGACUUUCUUAUUGACCAAACUACUUAUUAUCGAAAUACAGGAUUUCUGCUGAGCACAUCUUGAAUUAAGAUUGUUACUUCCAAGGAAUCAUCUUUUCUUACUUGCAAUCCAAUAUAAUGUUACUUGCGGUGUCAGAAGUUGCACUACUACUAAAGACUUGGGGUGCUUUUACAUGUAUAGUUAUCUCACCUACUUCUGUCCUGCCUAAUCUUAUACAUAAUAUCUCAAUUGGAGUGUGUGGCCACGUUAUCUGUGUCAUCUGCCGCAAAACUGAUCUAACAUGCCUAAACAUCUGUCUACCCGGACCUUGAAUUAUAGCGUGUAAACAUCUGAAUAGUCUGAGAUAAUCUGUUAGUGUAAAUUGCCAACUCAGACCAACCUCAUCUUAGGUAAGUGUACAAAUAUCCAACCCACCUCUAUGUGCAUUUUAGUGCUCGCAUCCACACUGGCUUAGUAUUAAGAGUAGAAGGGUAGAUGAUACAGCACUUUAAUAAAACAUCAGUUUUGUUUAAUUCUUUAAAAGGAACAUAACACCAAAUUACUAGCAGGUAACAAUGGUUCUGAACCUGUUUCAAAAGUGGUUGCAUUCUUUAUCACAGAUAGCGCCCCAAGUCAUGCGCUCCUGUUAAGCUCCAAGACUUGGAGGUAGGGUGUUAUUACGUCUCUAUGUACACAUGGAGAAUAACAAUCCAUUAGCUUACAAUUAAUACAUAGAAAAAUCUGCUGCAUUAAAGUACCUUUUAAAUAAACAAACAUAUUUAACUGGGUAUGAAUUCUCUAGGUACUGAACAAAAGGACUAAUAUCAUAAAUUAUAGCCCAAUCAGAAAACUGAUCUAACUGAUCCACCCGAAGACCAAUCUCAUUAUCUGUAAGAUCAGUCUGACUCCGACUUAUUCUGCUUCAUUUAUUUUACUGCUAAUGUUUCGAAUAAAAAGAACAAAAAAAAAAUGUAUUCAUACUGGAAAUGUGUAAAUGAUAAUAAUAUUAAUAUUAUACAGUAUUUUUUGUUCACAUGUAUUAAUAACAGUGUGGUCAAAACAGAGGCCCAUCUUAGUUUAACCUCUUCAUUUGUUCAUCCCAUGAAGGCCCGCAUGACACAAAAGACAAUUUUCUUUAUCUUAGAGAAAUAAUCAUUAUUAAUAUUAUUUAUAUCUAAAACUUCCCUAUUGCAAACACAUAGACUCCUAGCUUUCUACUUUAGGUAAUAAAGGGGGUAAGUUCACAUGCCUUCAGAACAACAUUUAGAUCUUCCACAGUGUCCAUAAGAUAGACCCCCCCACAGUCACGUAUGGCUUUAAAAAAUGUAUUUUCAAUAUAAACAAAUAAUUGAUAUUACUGCACUCUGUUCAGUGUAUAAUUCCCCUCAGCAGACACCCAUUUCCUAGAAAUCACUUUAAGCACAAGUAAAACAAGUCCUGCAUACCCUAAUACAGCAUUUAAAGUGGACAUGUCAGUAGCUACAUAGGGGUGAAAAUAAACUAAUGGCUAGAUAGGACUUAACUUUUUUUUUUUAAUCUUCAUAGUGCUUUCCAGUGCUGAGAUAAGUCUUAUUUACAAAAAAAAAAGGCUUUUAAGUGCCAUGGGGGAGUGUCCUACCAGGGCAAGAUCCCAGGGUUAGCCUCCCAACUUCUCUUAUAUACCACCUGUUUGCCCAAUUUCAAUCAAAGGGGGUGAUUGUAUACAGACGGGCAUGAAGGAGGUAAAAAAGAUGAGUGAGGCUGGAUAAUCCAGGGCUCUUGCUGUACUGGGAAACACCCUCAUGUACCCAUUAACAUAAAGGUUUAUAUCAUUGUACUUAACCCCUUAAGGACCAAGCCCAUUUUUACCUUAAAGGGGUAUUCCAGGCAAAAACUUUUU